GGAGGAGGCGGACGGGGAGCCAAGUGGGUCGGGCUCGGCGGAGAAGCCAGCCCCGCCCCAGUACGGGGAGACGCCGGAACUGGAUAGGAAGAGAUCGUGGCGCCUGGAGCUUCCCGGACCCGAUUAGGUGUCGUACCCGGCCUGGUUACCUAGGUAACGGGCGUCGCGGUCCGGCGGGGAACCGCUUGCGGAGGUGGGUUCUCCGACCUCUGGAAUGGCUGGCAGUCCAUUGAGUUAAGUUUCCGGUUUAGUCUAACCCUACCGUCGUUUUCGAAGAACCCAAUCCGCUUUUCCUCGUUCUGUGGAUGAUGUGGGACGUCUCUGCAGUCAGGGAGGGGGUGUGACGGCUUCUCAAGACGACUUAAGAGGCCCAUUCUCUUCAAUCAUGGAAACAUCAUCUGAGGGCCUGCUCACCCAAGUUACUCAGUUCUGGAACCUCCUAGAUGAUUUGGCUGAAAGUAACCCUGAGAGCUAUGAGAAGUUCAUUCAACAACAGAUCAAAGAGGGGAAACAGCUCUGUGCUGCCCCAGAACCACAACUCUGUAUAGAGACCAGGAUACUGAAACCAAAAGAAAAAAUACUUUUUAUCAACCUAUGUCAGUGGAAAAGAAUCCCAGCUCCCCAGUCACACACUCAUCCUGUACCUAUAAGUGUCGGCAGACCAGAAGAUAUGUCUGAGACAUCAGAUGUUUACACAGUCCUCGAUGUUGCCUACAAUCCUGAUGUUAUCCAGGCAGCAGAAAAGGACCCGGAGAAAAAAGGUCAAUUGAUACAGAUGGCCAUGAAGUGCAUUGAAGAAAAAUUCCACUUCACUCUCUCACACUCUUACCAUAUUACAAAGUGUAAAAUGAAAGGAAGCAUUCAAAGAAUGAAACAAAAUCUAAUGGGAAUCCAAACUGACCCAAAAGAUUUAAGAGAGAAAAUGAGAAAUGAACUAACCCUUGAUCAGAUAAAAAACAGUACAAUGGACAAUUCAGAUCACCUUCCUCAACUUUUACUGCCAAAGGACCAAGUUUCAGGAAAAGCAGGGCGUCUGAUAGAAGAGAUUUCUAGUACAGAGAUCCAGGUGGAGAUGAAGAGACCUGACUAUGAAUUGAAAAUUGUGGAAGAUCAGAAUGAGAAACCUCUGAAAAUUGAAUUAAAAGUUGAAUUACCUGGUGUUAACUCAGUAUCUGUCUGUGAUCUUCGUGUUUCAGAGGAUGAUUUAUUGAUUGAGGUCUCUGAGAAGUACAGACUACAUCUGAACCUUCCGGAAUCUGUGAAUACUGAAAUGACUACAGCAAAAUUUAUCAAAGAGAAAGCAACAUUAAUCGUCACAAUGCCAUUGAUAUAAGAAAAGAGCAUCAUGUUUUUGGUUUCCAGUGCUUAAAUCGUGAAUUAUAGGGCCUUUAUAAUGG